AUGGCGGCAUUUCCUUCACAAACUUCUAAUAGAUCUAAUUCUAUUGAAGAAAUUAAUCCAGUACAAUACAAUACAAGUUCACUGAAUACCGACGAUUUAGAAGUUGGAAUUAAUGAAGACAAACUUAAAGAUGAAUCAACCACUGAAGCUCAUGAAUUUAAUACCUCUUCAGAUGAUGCUUCUAGUAAUCAUUUAUCAUACUGGCAAAGAAUCAAAUUAAGAUUCCCUUGGUAUAAAUUGGGUAUUCAUGUAUUUUUUGGUUGUUUUUUCACUGCUUGGUGGUUAUCCAUUAUUAUUCAAGAAAAACAUAGACAUCAAUGGUUAAUCCCAACUGUUAUUUGGGGUAUGAUCAUGGUUAGAUUGAUUACUUGGCAUGUUAAAAUCUUACAUUGGAUUUUAUAUAAAGUUAAAAUCGUAUGGGAUUUUGUUACUGAUCGUGUUUACAGUGUUCUUAAUCAAAGAUAUCAAAGAUUAAUUGCUGGUGCUACUGUCACCGUUGGUGUUAUUUUAUUAGGUACUUUUAUUCCAAGUGAAACUGAUUAUUCUAAAAGAAAAGAUAGAGCUGUUUCGUUUUUUGGUUGUGUUGUUGCUAUCUUUGGUUUAUUUGUAACUUCAAGAGCUCGUUCUAAGAUUAAUUGGAAUGCAGUUAUUGGUGGUAUGUUGAUGCAAUUUAUUGUUGCUGUUUUCGUGUUAAGAACUAAAGCAGGUUAUGAUAUUUUCAAUUUUAUCUCUACUUUAGCUAGAGAAUUAUUAGGUUUUGCUAAAGAUGGGGUUGCCUUUUUAACUAAUGCUGAAGUUUCUCAAUACGGUAUGUUCUUCUUUGCUGUCUUACCAGCUGUUGCCUUUUUCGUUGCCUUUGUUCACAUUUGGUAUUAUUAUGGUGUUAUCCAAUGGGCUAUUGGUAAAUUUGCAUACUUUUUCUUCUGGACUUUAAGAGUUUCUGGUGCUGAAGCCAUUACUGCAUCUGCUUCUCCAUUUAUUGGUAUUGGUGAGAGUGCUAUUUUAAUUAAAGACUUGAUGCCAUAUUUAACCAAAGCUGAAUUGCAUCAAAUUAUGACUUCUGGUUUCUCUACCAUUUCCGGUGCUGUUUUAGUUGGUUAUAUUGGUUUAGGUUUAAACCCUCAAGCUUUAGUCAGUUCUUGUGUUAUGUCCAUUCCUGCUUCAUUGGCUGUCUCCAAAUUGAGAUAUCCAGAACUUGAAAAUCCUAUUUCUAGUGGUAAAGUUAUGAUUCCAAAACUUGAUAAUAUUGAUGAAGAUGGUAAAAAACAAAAUGAAAAUGAAGAAGCUCAUAAUGUCUUGCAAGCUUUCUCAAAUGGUGCCACUUUGGGUUUAAGAAUUGCUGGUACUAUGUUGGUUCAAUGUAUGUGUAUUAUUGCCAUUGUUGCCUUGGGUAAUGGUAUUUUAACCUGGUUUGGUAACUAUUGGAACAUUAAUGAAUUAACUUUGGAAUUAAUGUUGUCCUAUUUAUUCUACCCAAUUUCUUUCUUGUUGGGUACACCAAGAGAUGAAAUUUUACUUGUUAGUAAAUUGAUUGCCUACAAAUUUAUCCAAAAUGAAUAUGUUGCUUAUAAUUUAUUGAUGAAUGAAGCUCCAUAUAAUCAAAUGUCCAAGAGAGGUACUUUAAUUGCUACUUACUCAUGUUGUGGAUUUGCCAACUUGGGUUCUAUGGGUAUUACUUUGGGUGUUUUAAAUACUUUAACCAAUAACUCCAGAUCAAAAGAUAUUUCAAAAACCAUUUUCUCAUCUUUAUUCUGUGGUGGUAUUGCUACUUUAAUGUCUGCUGCCAUUGCUGGUAUGGUUAUGCAUGAUUUGGAUGCUUUUACUUAG